UUAUAAAAAUAGAAGGUAAAGGGAAAAGCUUCAGGCGGUUAUUGCUAAACAUUAUCGCUCACAAUGUGAAGGUGCUCUACCGACUGAGCUAUGUUGCAGUGCUUAUGCUCCAGGGGUGUGCCGAAACAGAUUUUAAAAAGCGAAACACGAAAGACGAAAAGGCGAAAGUCAUUUUAAAAAGCGAAAGACGAAAGGCGAAAGACGAAACACCAAAAAAGACGAAAAUAAGGCGAAAGACGAAACGGCACACCCCUGUUAUGCUCCUACGCUAUGCUAUACUUCACCUUUUCAUCUUUUUUUCUUCCUACCUGAUGAAAAAAAAUUUUUCCUUAUUCCCGUUCUCCAUGGCGCUGUCUCCGCAAAAAUUAUUUUCCCUUGGCCCUCCUUCCCCCGGAACAACCUAACUAUAAACCUUCAUUG